AUGUUGGGAGAAUCGGACGAGUUUUCGGAAAUACUGAAAACCGGCUUCCCGAUGUAUCUGUUGAUCGCCAUCCCGUUGCUGUUGGUCAUGAGUCCGGUGUGUCCGGCGAACGCUGCUCACGAGUUUACCGUGUACCGCGCCCAACAAUACAGUCUACAAGGCGCCACAUACGGUUCAAAGAGCAGUAUAAUCAACUUGGAGGCCAGAUCAUUGAAAACUUGGAGCAGUCGGUCGAGGCAUUGUGUGUUUGUACUGAUGGACAAUUUCACAACGGAAGAGUACGAACAAAUAGCAUCCGGAUCCGGCGCCUUAGUGCUGGUUGUACCGCCCGCGCCAUACACUCUAGAGCAACAGACUACAAUGCUGGAAAUAGAGCAAGCCAUUUUAUUGUCCGAUACUUCCAUACCCGUAUACAUAAUAAAUUGGUCUACUGAAGUCAACAACUUAAUGAUGGAUUUGGCUGAUAGUAAAAUUAUAGAUGAAAAUGCAAGUUCUGCAGCCAAAGCUUUCAUUAAUUCAGUUUCUGCAAACGGAUAUCAAAUAGUAGUAUCAGCAAAUAAACCAGUUUUGCAACCGAAUAUUGCCAUAUCAACUAUUCAGGGUCAAUUGAUUGGAUACGGAUUUCAAGAUAAGUUACCCAGUAUUUUGGUUGUUGCUCAUUAUGACAGUUUUGGUUUGGCUCCGGAAUUAUCAUACGGUGCUGAUAGUAAUGGUUCAGGAGCUGCUAUACUUUUACUUUUGGCCAAAAUACUUAGUCGAGUUUAUGCAGAAAAAAAUAGACCCAAGUAUAAUGUCAUGUUUAUUUUGAGUGGUGGUGGUAAGCUCAACUACAUAGGAUCUAAAAACUGGAUAGAACAACAAAUGGAAAAAUCCAAUACACUACAAGAUGUGUCAUUUGUAUUGUGUUUAGACUCGUUGGGCAGCGAUAAGAAUAUUUAUGCUCAUGUUUCAAAACCACCAAAGGAAGACACAAAAAUGGGACAUUUUAUGAAUGAACUUAAUAAUAAUUUAGGAGAAAAUGGACUGAAAAUAAUUCAUAAAAAGAUAAAUUUAGGCAGUGAUACACUAGCUUGGGAACAUGAAAGAUAUAGUAUAAGAAGGUUGCCUGCUUUCACUCUUUCUAGUUUAAAAAGUCACAAAAACAGUUCAAGGAGAUCAAUUUUGGAUACAAGCGAAUCGUUAGAUUCAAAAAUUGUAUAUCGCAAUGCUCAGAUUAUAGCUAAAACUUUAGUUGCUCAUCUGUAUGAUUAUAAUACAUCUGAAACCCCCAAAGUUAAUGUCGAUUUUGAGUCAUUACGUACUUCAUUGGAUUUAUUAGUUUUACAGCCUAGAUCCGCACAAAUAAUAGCUCAAAAAAACCAUCCAUUAGUUGAUAAUUUAUUUUCAUUGAUGAAUAAGUAUUUAAAGGAUGUUAAUGUGUCUCAACUGACUGCAGAAAAGGUUGAUCCGCAGUUUUCAUUUUACACGGUUACCAGGGCUACUUUACAAGUUUACAGUGUUAAACCAGCAGUGUUUGAUCUCAUUCUUACUCUAGCAAUAGCUGUUUACUUGACAAUAGUCUACUUCUUUAUUCAGUUUGUACCAAUUAUAUAUGAUUUAUACAUUGGUACAUCAAAACCAGAACCUGUUACUAGUUUGCCGAAGAAAAAUAACCGCAAAGAAAAGCAACGAUAA